GAUGUCGUGACGUCAUAGACCCUGCAGACCACACCCAGUGCGCGCGUGCAUGUGUGUGUGUGCGCGCAGUAACACACACACUUCCUGCUGGAGCUGCGCGCGCUCACAAGUUUGCCAUAAUGAGUUACCCUGGAUACCCUGGUUACCCACCUCAGGAUGGUGGUUUCCCAGCAGGGGGUGCUUACCCUCCCCAACAGCAGGGUGGAUAUCCUGGUUACCCCCCUCAGGCUGGGGGUUACCCACCAGGAGGUGCAUACCCUCCACAACAGCCGGGCGGAUAUCCAGGGCAGCCCCCUCAGGGAGGUGGAUAUCCAGGGCAGCCCCCUCAGGGAGGUGGAUAUCCAGGGCAGCCCCCUCAGGGAGGUGGAUAUCCAGGGCAGCCCCCUCAGGGAGGUGGAUAUCCAGGGCAGCCCCCUCAGGGAGGUGGAUAUCCAGGGCAGCCCCCUCAGGGAGGUGGUUACCCUGGCUACCCCGGAUACCCUCAAGACCAGUCGGGAGGUUACUCUGGAAUGCCCCAAGGUGGAUGGGGAGGUCAGCCUGGGUUUGGAGCGCCAGGAGGAGGGAUGCCACAGGGGUAUCCUGGAGGUCCUGGAGGUCCGGCGCCAGGGCAACAACCAAUGCCAAAUUACCCUGGAGGUGCUCCUGCCCCAAACCCCUCAUAUCCCAGCAUGCCUGGCUCUGGAGGACCUGCAGUUCCUGCUUUUAAGCAAGGUUUUCGUGGCACCAUAAAGGACGCCCCUGGUGCUGACCCUCUACGAGAUGUUGAAGUUCUCCGCAAAGCCAUGAAGGGCUUUGGCACUGAUGAGAACGCCAUCAUCGAGUUACUCGGGAGCCGCUCCUGUAAGCAGCGUGUGCCAUUGGUUAAAGCUUACAAGACCACUUACGGGAAGGAUCUGAUCCAUGAUAUAAAGUCGGAGAUAUCUGGGAACUUUGAGACUCUUGUGGUGGCCAUGUUGAAGAGCCAGGCCGAGUACGACGCCGCCGAGCUCCAUAACGCCAUCGCGGGUGCAGGGACAGAUGAAAAAUGUCUGAUUGAGAUUCUGGCGUCUCGCUCCAACGCUGAGAUUCAAGAGAUCAACCGUAUUUAUAAAGCGGAAUACAGUAAAACUCUGGAGGACGCCAUCAUCCAUGACACCUCGGGUCACUUCCGCAGGCUGCUGGUUUCCCUCAGCCAGGGGAACCGUGAUGAGCGCGAGACCGUGGACGUGUCUGUGGCCAAGCAGGAUGCUCAGGCACUCUACAGUGCAGGAGUGAAGAAACUCGGGACGGAUGAGUCUCAGUUCAAUGCCGUUCUGUGUUCACGCAGCAAACCACACCUGCGACAGGUGUUUCAUGAGUACCAGCAGAUGUGUGGAAAGGACCUUGAGAAGAGCAUCGCCAGUGAGAUGCAUGGAAAUCUGGAGAGUGGCAUGCUGGCAGUGGUGAAGUGUAUCAAGAACACACCCGGCUUCUUCGCGGAGAGACUCCACAAGGCUCUGAAGGGGGCGGGGACUAAGGAUCGAACCCUGAUCCGUAUCAUGGUGACUCGCUCUGAGGUCGACAUGUUGGACAUUAGACAGGAAUACCUGCGCAACUACGGCAAAUCCCUUUACGUCGACAUCUCGGGUGACACGUCUGGUGACUACAAGAAGUUGCUGCUGAAGCUGUGUGGAGGAAGUGAUUAAGAGUACACACGCCAUCGCACACCAUGACACACCAUCUCACUCACUCACACACACACAUAUAUAUUCAUAUGUCAAUCUCACACUGCUGAUCCUUCAGCCUGGUGUGUGUGUGUGUGUGUGUGUGUGUGUGUUAAAACCUGUGUCAUAUUUCUACAGAGUUUAUAGCAGCUUACUCCCACAUAGUGAACUAUUUUACACAGGAAGUACAAUCAUUAUGGCCUUAUAGUGUAUGUGCCUUUAUAAACUACUACGCAUUUUAUGUGUGUGUGUAACUAACAAUCACAAUAAAUUCAGAAGUAAGAACAUUAGUUUGUCCAUUCAUUACUGAACCUACUGCAUUUAUACCUGUCUGUCUUUUAAUCAUUCUGUCUGUCUUUUAAACUUUUCUGUCUUUGCACCCACCUUUGUCAAUAGGUCUGUCUCUCCAUCUGCUAUAUUUCCAAUCUGUCUUUCUCUCUGUUAUUCUUUCUAUCUGUCUUUCAUUCUGCCUGUCUGUCUGUCUCAUUAUAUCCAGUCCUGUGCACCAAGAUGUUAAAAAUGAAACCAUACAUUUCUCCACGUAAUAAAGAGAUGAAGAAUAUCAGUCAUUAAA